AUGUCUAAAGAAAAUGAUACGCCUAAAAAUGAUAAAAGGUCAAAAGAUGAUGAAAAGCCUAAUGAUAUUAAAACUUCUGCAGAUGCUAGAACGUCUAAAGAUGUUAAAACAGCUAAAGAAAAUACAUCUAUAGACGAUGAGCCUUCUAAAAAGAAGCAAAAGGUGGAUAGAAAUGGAAUAAAUGUUUUUGAAUUAUCUAGAGAUUGUGAGACUAAUAAAUGUAAAUCACAAUUAAAAUCUUCAUUAAAACCCAUUAAAGAAAUUGAUUCUACUGAGGAUUUACCCAUGGAAAUAAGUUGCGAAGAAUCUACCAAAUCCGAAAAUUCUUCAGCUAAAAAAGUAAAACCAAUUAUCUGGGUCAAGGAUAUUAAUAAAAUGAUGGAUUCAGAUCAAUGUAUUAGAUGGCUGGAAAUGAUCAAUUUUAUUCAAAAACCCAAUCAUCUAAUAAAUGGCAUGAAAGUAGUAGCAGGCCAUAAAUUCUCUACAACCAGACCUAUAGUAAAUGGAGUUCAACAAUCUUUAAAAGUCAAAAAAAUUAAUAGGGAGUAUUUAAUUAAAAUUGAAAAAUUAUAUAAAAAGUAUUUUUUCAAAUCCGUAAAUGAUACUAUUGUCAUUAUUGCAAAUAUUAUCAACAUAAUUGAAAUGUCUAACCAAUAUCACAAAGAACGAAUAAAUAAAUCUUUUAAUAAAGGAACUAAAGCUGAAAUAAUUAAAGAAAGAUACGAUGCCGGACUAUUAAACAAAAGGCAUAAAACAAUUCUAGAAACAAAGUUGAAGAAAAAUUUUAAAGACGUUGUGUCAUCGUUUGAAGAGUCAGAAUUUGAUUUAGCAUUUCAAUUGUUUUUUAUAAGUAUAUUAAGUGUACAUAAAGUUUUGAAGCAGCCAAAACUCAAAAAAGGUAGCAUCUUCAGGAGUUUAGUACUUUUACUAAAUGAUAGUUUGGAGAACAGUGAAUAUCCAAAAAUAUUUUCAUUGAUCCAUUCAAAGACAUUUCGACCUAACUGCAUCGAUUUAAUAACUCAAAUUAAAGAUAGUCGGGUUAUUGACCCCGGAGUCAUCAAUCGUAUGCCACUGUUGUUUGAACCACCAAAAAAAAGUCUGGAAUAUUUUCAAUCAGUUAUUAAAGAUGUCAACCUUGAUUUGAAAGAAGACCUGGAAAUAUUAAUCGAUAAUGCUGCUUCCCAUUGUUCCAUUAAUUCAAUAUUUAAGGAUCGUGUCGAUUCAUCUACUGUAACAGAAACCAUUCAAAGCCCUGUCAACUCAGAUGGAACUUACCAAAAAAUAGAUGUGGUGAAUGUUGAUAACUCUGAACCUAUUUUGAAUACUGAAGAAAACCCAUCGAUUGUAACGAACCAGCCGUCAAAUCAAUCAUUUUCUUCUCCACUACAAGAGAAAACGUAUGAACCUUCUACUUCUGAAGUGAUACCAACAAACAAAUGUUUUGUUGCUACGUCAACUGAUUCCCGCGAUCCUUUGGUGCACGUAACAGCACCUUUGUUAGAAACUACAACAUUAAUGCCAGAAGCAACUACAUGUGUAGCGUCAAAACCACCAAUGCAGAAUAAAAAAUCCGUUUCAAAACGUCGUCUUCAUAGAGCAGAAGAUAGCACUAAUGUGAUUGGAGUUAAGCAUUAUAAAUUGGUUAAUGUGCCAACAGGUCAAAUGAUAGUAGAAGUCAAUGAUAAUAAUCCUCAACCAGAGGCAACCUUAUUGAAUGCAAUUGAACCAAAGCCAGUAUCUUAUCUCAAGUGCCACGUGAGAAAUUGUAUCAACUCCGGCAAAUUAUUAUGCAGUAAAUGUCAAGCAGUGCAAUACUGUUCCAAGCAAUGCCGAAAACAUGACUUCUCUGAUUAUCAUAAAAAUAUUUGUCAACAAAUGCAAAAUAUGAGAAGGACUCAUAUUUAUCCACAAUAA